AUGAGUAGCACAGAGCAAUGGUCCAACUUGAUUAAGAAUCCAUACGAUGUCGUAGAUGGAAACAAUGGUGAAAUAUCAGAAAACAUGAUGGAUUUGCUGAAUUCAAGAAACAAUUCCAAUAAUCUGGGUUCUGUCUAUGGGGGACAGGAUUAUCCUCUUCCAGAUGAGGCUUUUGAGAACUUCAACCCUGUUAUGGAUAUAAAUAUUGAAGAAUUUCUCACAAAAGAAUUAAGAGAUCUUGACAUACCAGUACUUCCUAAGGAUGAACUUUCAAAACUUGAUCUAGAGAUGUUCCCGGGAAACGGAUUAGAUUGGAAUGUAGUAAACGAUAAUGAUGCUUCUGUCGGUGUUGGAAAUGUAAAUACAGAAAUACCAUCAAUCACUCCAAGAAAACUUAUGCCAGGUGGUGGGGCCGCAGGAAAUCACAAGAAAAAGCCAAGUGGUACUGCCAUCUUUGGAUUUGCCCAGCAUAAUAAAUCAUUAAGCAUAGGGUCCAUGACAAUCAAUCUAGAUGAGAAGAAGCAGGCCUUCCUGCAACAGGAACAGCAAAAACUACUGCAAGCACAGCAGGCUUCCCAGCCUGCAGAAAUAAAGAUGAGCGAGACGAUUAUGCAACAGCAAAAAGAGUUACAGUUGGCUCUACAAAGACAAAAGGAGAUGAAUGAAAAGCUUGAAGAUCAACUAAGAAUGAAUAAGCUACAACAAGAACAACUACAGAGAGCCCUGGAGGCUCAACAAAUGACUUUAAAUCAAGUUUCUUCUAUCCCUACUACCACACCGGUAAGGCCGGAGACAAGUAUAAUUAUUACUUCUAACGGUAAGAACGGUAAGUAUCAAUUUCCACCACCAUCUUCCGACGAUUCAUCCCAACAAAGACAAAUGGGAGAAAGGACAAAAUUGGACGAAUCGCCUAAUAAAGAUGUCAAUAAAGUGUAUGCAGUGGGAGCGGGGAAUGGACUGUUAUCGCCCUUUUCAAGGGCAUCGGUCAACGGAUCUCCACAUAGACGUCGUCAACAUAAUUAUGAUGGGGUUGAGAACGGUAAUAACCGUCUUGCUCCUCCUAUGAACUUUUCUAUAUCAAGCACGAGUACUGUCGGAAACAACACGGAACAAUUAUUGAAGAUGUCCAAGUAUUUUCAAGAGUUGACGGACAAUCAAAGUCGUGGUCCAUCCAAUUGUGCGGUGUAUAACAAGAAAAGUUCAAAUCGUCCACCAAUCACGCCACAAGAUCAAAUAUAUGAUAAUCCAAAGACCCCAUCAAUGAAUUGUAAUUAUAAACAUACUACCCGAAGUGAUGAUGGAUUAGAAACAGCAAGUAGUAUUGACAGUAACAUUAACAACAAAAACAGCCAUCAGAACAAGCAUUUCGCAAGAGAUAGUACGAUAUCGACGGCAUCUACGAUCCCAAUGCAAAGUGAGGAUGACCAUGAAUCAGAACAAACCCAACAGCAACCCAGUCUGGGACUUGGAAUAACGCUGAACAGCAGGGUCCAAUUGAAGAAACCACCGCAAUUGCAGAUAAUGCCAAUGAUUCCUGGAUCUAGCGAAACGACUCCGUUGAAACAGAAGCAAUCACCUGAUAGGCAAUUUUCAAAUAAGCUGAACAGCGAGAACAUGCCAGUAAAACACUCUUUCCAACAUACUCCAACAAAGAAACUAAUAUUUGACAAAACUGUCACGACUUCUCUACGGCCUGACGAUAGGAAAGGUCAAAAUGCUAGAAACAUUAUUCUUGCAUCACGUGAUGGCGAAGAGGAUAUGAAAUCUGGCCGUCUAACGAACAUGAAUAACGGAAACAACGACGAACCGGAGUGCGAGUUCGUACAAGCUCAAACCCCAUCUCCAAUUCUGCGAUCUCAAGAGCGAUUCGAUUGUAUUGCUGAAUCACCGGUGCAUUUCCCUUACAAUCAACAUAACCAUGUCGAUUUGGGACUAGGGCCCAAUCAUAACGGAAUUGGCCUAAACACCAAUUUGAACACCAGCCCCAUGGUAAGUGGGGGAAGGAACGGUAAACGGUAUGGCAUGCUGCCUAGAGAACAGAUUGACAAGUACAUUCUCGAAAUUGGACCUAAACAGUUCCAAUGCAAGUUUAAAGAUUGUCAAAAGAGGUUUAACAGACGGUACAACGCGAGAACUCAUAUCCAAACCCAUCUUUGCGAUAGGCCGUACAAGUGUGAUUUCCCAGGAUGUCAAAAGGCUUUUGUCAGAAACCAUGAUUUGCUACGACACAAGAAAUCGCAUUUAGAGAAAGGUUACUCGUGUGCAGGUUGUGGUAAGAAGUUCCAUUCAGAAGAUUCUCUUGUGAAACAUCAAGAACGUAAAAGUCAUGAGGGCAGACUGGAUGAAGAAGAUUUGUGCAACCAAGAACAAAAUCAUGACCUAGACUACUACGAUCACUUGGAUUCUUCGCCUAUAAGACUUAAUGGCGGCAAUCAGAUCAGGAAACCAGUUUCCCCGAAGAAAGUGCCGAAUGUCAUAAGAGAAAACAUCCAAAGGGGACACACUACUGCUGCGCUUCGCGUACAAGAACAAUUGACGUACAAUCAAACUACAACUGGUGUGUAA